GGGAACGAUAACUGUGUGAAGUUGUCAGAAUGUUGGGUUAAUUUGUUUUAAGGUAGCAUGAUGUAGUUCAGUAAUGAUGUACUAAUGAAUGCAAAGCUCGUUAAUAUAUAUUAACAAUUAUUGUAUUUUUAAUAAUAAUAAAUAAGCACAGACAAGGGAAGUAUGCACAUAGGUGCCUUCAAAAUUUUGAUCUGUAAAAUAAUAAAAGCUGUAACACCAAGUCUCUGUUUACGUGAUGGAUCUCCCAUAAAUGCAGAACAAACAACAGGCGAGAAAAGUCGUAACGCUGAAGUUAACAUUUACCGAAGAAGAAUUAAUUUCGUAUAUGGGGUUCUCGGUUACUGUUCCUGCAACAUCUAAGGAUGCAGGCUACUGAAUCACAAUCACUUGCAGCUCUUGAGGCUUUGAUGAAUGAAUUUUUUGCUCCAGAGACUAGCAAUGACAGGAAACGAGAAAUUGAAACAGUGCUUCAUGACUUCAGUAACCAGCAAGGAGCAUGGAAACAUUGCAUUUAUUUUAUGUCACAUUCCAGCAAUCAGUAUGUCUGCAUGUACAGUCUGAAUACUAUUGAAAAAUUAAUUACAAAGCAGUGGCUUGGUCUUAUGUGGGAUGAACGUGCUCAAAUAAAGUCAAUGCUUUACCAGUUCGCUUUGGAACACCAUAAUACAGUACCAAAUUUCAUUCGAAAUAAACUAGUCAAGUUAGUUGUGGACAUUGCUCGGCUUGACUGGCCUCACUUCUAUCCAGAUUUUUUCACCAAUAUUUUACAACUGAUCCAGAAUCCAGAAACAACAGUUCUUGGUCUAGUCUUUCUGCAAACAGCAUCAGAGGAACUAGUUUGCCCAUGGGAAGAUCUAAGCAUUUCACGUAAAGAAGAGCUUCGGCGCCUGUUGCUGGCACACAUUCCCCAGGUUUUCUCCAUUCUCACAAAUCUGUUUGAACAAAUCGCACAGAAGCAACAACAGCAUGGUGUUACAGCAACCCCUCCUCCAUCACCAACCCAUGGGCAGCCCAACUCAGCAUCACCAGUUCAUUCAGGCUCUUUGCUGAGUUCAGUGCUUGGAAAUGGAAGGAAGUUCCACAGCUGUUUGGACACAGAUAGCGACACAAUUUGUUGCCUGGCCUUACAGGCACUGACACAUCUUCUUUCCUGGGUUCCUAUUUCAUCGUACAUUACGCCAAAUCUCGUAGCCUCACUUUUUCAACUAGCUAGCAUUACGCAGGCUUCAUCUGCACAUGAAGGCCAUAGUGUUGGAAUGCUGGCAAUGGCUGCAAUAAAUGAAAUAAUGUACAAAAAUUGCAUACCUGUCUCUUGUGAGGAUUUUCUUUUGGGUGUUUUUCAACAGGCAAUGCAUUUAAUGAACAAUAUACUGCAAUCAGGGGGACUUGAGCACUUAGAAGAAAGUUACCAAGAGAAGAUAACAGAGUUUCUCAGAGUUUUUGUUGGCUUACACCUGCGACGCCUUGAAAAUAACCAAAAAUUCUCUUUAUUGGACUUUUUGUCAAUGUUAUUCAAGUAUACAUUCCAACAAUCAAGUCUGGAGCAUUUCUCUAAUUGCCUAGAAGUAUGGAACAUCCUUCUGGGGCAGCUGGAUACAGGGACUGAAAUGCUUACGACGACGUUUCAUGCAGCCUUGCUGUCUUUAGUGGAACAGAUAUUAAGGAAAAUACAAUUUAAAUUUAAUCAAUGUGAAUUGGAAGAACUGGAUGAUAAAACUCUGGAUGAUGAUGAGCAAACAGAAUGGCAGAAGUUUCUUCGGCAAAAUAUAGAAAUUGUCGCGAAAGUUGGUGAAUUUGCUCCAUUAGAUACAUACUCAUUAGUGUAUGAGCCAUGGAAGGAAGCAGCAAACAUCUACUUGCACCUUGAACAGGCUGUAGAUGUUUCAAAGCGUCAACUUUCAGUCACUGCCGAACAUGAGUGCGUUCGUCUCCACUGUCUACUGCGUGAUCUUUCUUCACUUACACAAUUGAUGGGUCGAAUGUAUCCACAUUUCAUUGGUAAAGUUCUUAGAACGCUAUUCCCUGAUGCACAACAGUUGGUGCUACAAUUAACAGGAAUGGCAACAUAUGCAUCUCGUGUUCAGUUGCAUCAUCUUCAUACAUCACCUCCCAUACUGACUGAGGACUUGGUAGAAGUAUUCAGCUGCACAUCUGCUGUUGUCAUUCACCAAUGUUGUAAGGCCUUUGCGGCUGUGGGAAGCAGAUGCAAUAAGAGAAAUGUAUCAGAUUGUGCCAAGGAUGAACUAUCUCCAACCUGAGACAAAGCGGUUAGUGACACGAGCACUUUGUAAUACCUUACUGCUGUCUUGCCCAGGGGUACCUAAUAAUGAGCAAUGCUGGGAUGAACGACACAGGUUGCUGACAGAUCUUAUGGAUUCACUCACUGCCUGCUUUCAACAUGUGACACCAACUUCACCUCAUGCUCAAGAUGUAAUUACAAACACACUGCUGCUGCUUGGUGACCUGGUUGAAUCUGUUUGUUCGGAAAUAACAAAUACGAAGAAACUUCUGUUUUCUGUCAUUCAGGCAAAUGUACACAAAGCAUUAUCACUCUUCCCAGCAUAUGUGCGGACGCCUAAUGUUUGUGAAGCAAUACUUGAAUUCUUCAUGAAAGCAUUUGCAGGCUUACAGCAACAAUUAGGAGCAUCACUUACAGAAACAACUGUCCAAACAUUCCUGGAUGUUUUCACAAGAGAACAGUUAUCCACAUCUAUGGGACAGGAAGGUGGUGCUGGAGCUAGAGUUGUUGAAAAAUUUCUUCAGCUGCUGCAGCUUGUUAUAGCUGAGCCAGCUGCUUCAUUUAAGCGCUUUGUGCCCAGCACUAUCACACUUUGCCUGGAACAUGUGUAUCCUCUUGUUGCAGAAUCUCCCUCACCAGAAAUAAAGCCUGCUUUGUUCGGGCUGCUGCAUGCUGUAAUGAUGCACAAAUGGCAAUAUUUCUAUAACACGCCUCUUCUUCAAGCACUUAAUCAAAAUGCUGGGUCAGAACAUAUUGACAACAGAGAACAAUUGAUUUCUAUUCUUAGAGCAUAUGGGCAGUCAUUGCUGCAACCAGAUAUUAAUAUUUUUGGCCAGAACCUGAAAAGUCUUGAGCAAAUAAACAUCAAAUGGAAACUUUACCAUAGAAGUAUCUUCCAGGAAGAGUUGCUGGGGCAGUUUUUGACAGUAUUAUUUCAUUCACUUAUACACAAAUCUCAUGCUUUGCUGGAAGAAGAAAUUACAACAGCAAUGUACAACAUGGCAUCUGUAAAUUUUACUGCCUUCUACAGUGAAUAUCUCCCCAGGUUUCUGCAGUCUACCGAGGGUUUGGAUAAUGAUCAAAAGGAGAUUUUACAAAGAAAUUUCAGGCAAGAAGUGGACCUUCCAUCGUUUACCCAGAACGUGCAGAGAUUGGUAAAUGAUCUACGAUGUUAUAGGCUGUGUAAUAGCAGUCUUCCUGGGGGCAGUGUAAAACUCUGAACUUUAUAGUGUACAGUCAUAUAAAUGGCUUUAGCUUUGCAGUGUAAAGUGGACCAAUAUAUGUAACUUUUUAUAUUCUUCAUAAGGCUUUUGUGAAUUUUUAUAUUGCUAAUGAUGAUUAGGAUGAAAGUCCUGAAUCAAAAAGAUUGUCUUAUUACGUAUUUUGCUGUUAUUAAACUUCUUAUAGAAGAAGAA